AUGCGCCCCGACAAACAGGUGACACCAAACCCCUCCCAUCGCCUCCGGAGUCAUGCUUCCCCAGUGCAUGUAGCUUGCUUUUCUGAAGAUAACAAACGUAUAUAUACGGGGGACGGCUCAGGCUGGGUGAUGAUUACCAGCACUCGCACACUUCGGGCUUUGGCAUCCUGGAAGGCUCAUGCGGAUAGCCUGCUCGGGAUACAAGAGUGGGAGGAUUCCAUUAUCACCCACGCACGGGAUAAUAAACUAUAUGUCUGGAAGAGUCUUCAUGAAGCACGCAUGGCCCUGGGAGGGUCGGCAGCCCUUCCGGGUCUGCAGACGCCCAGCCUGCUGUACGCCAUGGAUGUUAAUGCUCUAAACUAUUGCCGGUUUUCCCUCUGCCCUCUACCGCCGCCGCGAAGGACAGGCGAGAUAUCAGCUCUCCUUGCUGUGCCUAACUUGAUCGAGUCAUCAUUGGCAGACGUAUGGACACUGCCGUCCCCACAGAGACUGCACGCUGCGAUUGGAAAAACUGAGUGGUUCAGCACCCCUGCCGCAGACGGCCAUGGCGGUAGUAAGAGCGGUAUAAUAAUGUCUAUGCACCUAUUUCUGACCGACACUGGAGAACUCCGCAUACUCCUUGGCUAUGAGAACGGUGCGGUGACGAUGUGGCGGUAUUCCCGUACAGAUAACGAAACGUCCGUCGAGGGCGUCGGGUGGGAGUCCAUCUGGAGCCACAAGCUGCAUCUCGAAUCCGUUAUGGCGAUGGCGGUGACGCCGGAUAACUCGGUCGCUUUAACGGUGUCCGCAGAUCACAUCAUAGGACGGUACGAUCUUCGGACACCGGAGGUGGCCAUUCAGAAUGCCUGCGUAGCUCACAAGACAAAGAGCAUCGGGCACUCCACCAUCGCCAUCCGAGACGACGGCAGGAUCUGCGCAGUCGGCGGGUGGGACGGCAAGAUCCGCUUAUACUCGACCAAGACGCUCAAGCCUCUCGGUACCCUCACCCUCCACAAGAACGCAUGCCAAGCCCUCGCCUUCGCUCGCUACACCGCCCGCCCCGCAGAGAAGCACGCCACCCCCACCGGCUCCGAAGAUGCGCUCGGGGAAGACGACGACAUGACCGAGGAAGAGCGGGAAGAGAGAACGCGCUGGCUCGUUAGCGGCGGCCGCGACUGCAGAGUAGCUAUAUGGCCCUUAAUGAGCUUUGCCAAGACGUGA